AUGGCUUCAACUGGUUUCUUGUUGUUGACCCCUUUGCUUCUCAUGUCACUGAUAGUUAUGGCCUCUGCAAACGAUUAUGGAUAUACCCCGAAGCCAGACUAUCACGAGGAGAAACCAAAACCCCAAGAAAAACCUCUCCCCACAAAACCAGACUACUGGAAACCAAAGUCUCUUCCCGAAAAACGGGAUUUUGAGAACUCACAUCCUGCAGGAGUGGAUGACCUACUCCCUACAAUCAUUGGUAUUCAAGGGACUGUUUUAUGUAAAUUAGGCGCCAAGUACUUCGCUCUCCAAGGAGCCAUUGCAAGGAUAACAUGUGUAGCUAUUGAUGAACAUGGGUACGAGACAGCUCCUUUCUCCCAGCUGACUGAAGGAUGCGAUGCAAACGGAUACUUCUUUGCAACAUUAUCAGGGCUUAAAGAUAGCUGGAAGCUUAAGGCAUGCAAGGCUUUCCUACACUAUUCUCCACUGGAAACUUGUAAAGUUCCUGUUGAUGUUAAUCAUGGUUUAAGUGGUGAUCUCCUAUCUUCUUACCGAAUCCUCAACAACAAGCAUACCAAGCUGUACUCUGUGGGGCCUUUCUUCUACACCUCAGAAUCUGAGUCAGCCCCUAGCGGUGGUGAUGGUGGUGGUUAUUAG